UACGCAACGUCCAUCAAACGCAUUCCGAACGACUUGAAACAUCAACAACUGGGUUCACGAGAGAUAAACUGCUUUAAUCCAAAACGCUGUCAUUAACCAGCAGCAUAUUUUAAACGUUUUGACGCAUAUUUGGGCAUGACAAAGUCAAAAUAGUUUUUCAAUAUAUAUCUUGUGGCUGGGUUAGUUAGUUGGUUUAAGUGAAGUAGGCUUUGAAGAAGUCGACAUGGCCAGCAGCAGUGAUAGUAAUAGUGUAGACAUGGAUCCAGAUGUUGCUCGGAGGCUGUUUGAGGAAGGAGCUACUCUGGUGCUGCUGGGUGUUCCUCAGGGCACAGAGCUAGGGAUAGACUGCAAGAGUUGGCAGGUGGGUCCUCGCUUCCGGGGUGUUAAAAUGAUCCCCCCAGGACUGCACUUCCUCCACUACUGCUCUAUUAAUUCGCCACGUUGUGGAAAUGAAAUAGGCCCGAAGACAGGCCUCUUCCUCAGCCUCAAACCCAGAGAGAUCAUAGUGGCCAACUGGGAUCCCAAAGAAGAAGAUCUCGACUUCUCAGCCUCCAAGAAUGAAGAGGAGGUGAACCGGAUCCGGGCGACCUUGCGAGAGCUGGAUCCUUACCUGGGACCCUAUCCCUAUGAGGUGAUGAGGAAGUGGGUGUCCCUCACCGACCGCCUCAGCGAGGAAGUGGCCAAUAGCCUACAGCCUCUUUCGGGUCGCAUAUGCGCCUACAGUGACGUCAUUCCUGAGACUGAGUACAGACACACCCAAGACAGGGCAGAGCAGCCGAGGAAUGACACGGCCUGCCAGAGCAUGAAAGAGGGACUGGACAGACUCCCUAAGAUGAAGGUGAGGGAAGGGACGGAGUUGCGAUUCUCUCACAUCGCCAAGAAGACCUACCCUAACGGGGCCACGCCGGCCGAGAUCACCCAGUGCAGCAUGGACCUGAGCUACGCCCUGGAAACCGUUCUGGAGAAGAACCACGGCCAGCAGCCUCUUAAUUUGCUUGGUGAGCUGCAGUUUGCCUUCGUGUGCUUCCUGAUUGGAGACGUGUAUGAGGGCUUUGAGCACUGGAAACGACUCCUGGCUCUGCUGUGUCGCUCAGAGGAGUCCAUGCGGGAGCGUAAGGAUCUCUAUCUGGGGCUCAUCGCUGUGCUCUACCACCAGCUCGGAGAAAUACCUCCCGACUUCUUUGUUGACAUUGUGUCACAGAACAACUUCCUCACCACCACACUGCAGGACUUUUUCCAAUUUGCCAGCGGACCCGGUAUAGAUGCCGCACUUCGCAAGAGAGCAGAGAAAUUCAAAGCCCACUUGACCAAGAAGUUCAAUUGGGACUUCGAUGCCGACAUGGACGACUGUGCGCCUGUGGUGGUGGAACUCCCUGAAGGUGUAACAGUGGACUGAAACAUUUCUGCUACUGAGGCUUUAUAGGUCGAGCCACUGCAGCGCAACAGGUUUAGUUUCUCUACACAGCACAACAGCAGUUCUCUAACUGUUUAUUGAGAUUGUUACAUGUGAGCAACAUCUCACUGUAUACACAAUCUGUACCCGGUUAUAAAGAAAACCGGGGAAAACGGGGUGUUAAGUCAUCUGGGGCGGUGACAGUCACGGUGCAGCUUCAGUAUACUAGAAGAGAGUGCUAACCCUCUGGUGGUGAUAUUCUUUAAAAACCUGUAACUUCCUUGUGUGUGUGUGUGUAUAUAUAUAUGUAUAUAUACACAUAUAUACAUAUAUAUGUUUUUUUUUUUUUUACCUCAGUUUAGUUGGACAUUUGCUUUGGGAAGAAUUGUGAACACUGUCAUUUUUGAACAUUUUCUACAUAUUUUGAACAAUCUACAUCAGUUGUACAUAUGAAAAUAUAAGGUAUAGUGAGCAACUUUAGUGAAUAAUAAAUAUGGUUAAUAUUGUUCCAUGCUGGUAAAGCACUAAUUUGCAGUCCUGUUUUAAAACCCUAAUGUUUUGCUUUUUUUUUUUUCAAUUUUGCUUUUCUGUAAUUAUUUGAACCCCAAACUCCCUUUAAUAAAAACACUUUGGAACCAAAA